AUGUAUAAUUUUCAAAAUGAAUCACUAUUGGUUUCUGGUCUAUAAAAUAUUGAAUCUUAAGUGUAGAAUAAAGUUAUAAGUUAAAUUUAUGUAUUUAAGAAUUUAAUAUUUAGAAAAUGCGAUAAUUAACUAUGAUUGACUCUCAAGUUUAAAAUGAAAGUUUUAAUCAAGAUGAGAUUGAUCCUAGAAUUAAAAACAAAUAUGUUGAUUUAAGAAAUAAAAUACAAUUUGAAAAUAAAGAAGAUGAAGUAGAAUUUUUAAAUAUUAUAAUUUAAUGGAAUUAAUGUUUGGAAUAAAAUAAGAGAUUAAAUUAAUAGGUUAUGGAUAAGGAAACUUAACUAAUUUAAUAUCAAUAAUAAAUAGAAUUUCCAGUUUCAAAGAUUCAUGAAAUAGAUUAUGAAGAGAAUUAAUAAAUAUCUUAACUCUCAUUAUUAAUUUCAUAAGAUUAGAGAAUUGAGAAUUAAAUAUAGGAAGUAAUAAAAAUUGAUAAAUCCACUUAAACAGAUAAAUUUGAUAAUAGAGAUGAUAAAAAUGAAUAAACAGAUUUAAAAGAUUUAGAUAAAGAGGAUAAUUAAAAUAUGAUUGAAUUUUUCAAUUCUAGUUUUUAUAAAGAUUUACAAAAUAAACAAUUUUUAGUAAAUGCUUAAUUGAUAGUAUAUAUAUAUCUAAAUUAUUUAUUUAGUCUUUGAUAUAGACUAUGUUUUUGAUGCAUAAUGAAAGAAAGAUAGAAAUAAAUGAUGUUAUUUAAUAAUAAAUAGAUAAUUUGAUAAAGAGAAUGAAAUAGAAAGAUUAGAUUAGUUAUAAUACAAUAAUUAUGAUGAAAGAGAGUGUAGAAGUGUGA